AGGGAGGAGUGAGGCUCUUCUCCCUCUAAGAGCAUUAACCGUCGAGUGUUCUGCCGGUGACAGGGCUGUCAGGGUCAGAUGGCCGCUCAGCCAGUUCGCACCGGCUCACCGAAGAUCCUCGGCUGAUACCCUCGUGCCAAGCCAAGCGAGCACCUUCCGCACUCGCCCGCCGCUUUCCGCUCAUCUAUUGUUUUUUUUUUUUGUUGUUGUUGUUGUUUUUGGGGGGCCGGCGAGGAGCUACAGGUGGUUGCGCAAGAAACGUCGAGAAUAUAAACCUUCUCGUGGACGUCGUGGGGAACACGACCCACCUGCGCCGGGAAGCUCUCACAAAAAGCGAAGCACUGGUUGAUGGCGUUUUUGCGACAAAGUGGUGACUACUGCCACGCUCAACACAUGUAGACCCCACCGAUGAUGUAUUUGUACCAUGCGGCUGCGGGACCCUGAAGCCUGAACAAACGAAUUGUGCCUGGCCUAACCAGCCGUCUGAUGGGGUAAAAAAAAAAAAAAAAAAAAAAAAAAAAAAAGUCGAGCCUCAACGUUUAAGUGGAGAAGGACUGGAAGAGCUUCUGUCGCAGAGCACGAAAAGACUCAAGAGGAGAGGUUAUAUCACUUCUGUAAUAUUAAAACACAGAACUGACACGUUGUCGCCACCUGGGCUACGCAAAACUGAUGGGGUAAAAUCUUUUCCACAAAUUGCAAAUCUUCUUUCUUGAAUUUCAACAUUUACAUCCAUCAGUUUCACCCACCGAAGACUCAACAGCUGUACGGCUGAAACUAAAGGUCAGAAGUCUUCAUUGGACAAAUCGUGGGCCAAAGUCACAGCGGUCAUCAUGAACCGUCCAGCUCCAGUGGAACUUUGCCACAAUAACAUGCGAUUUCUCAUUACACAUAACCCAACCGACAACACACUCGGCUCUUUCAUUGAGGACCUGAAGCGAUUCGGGGCCACGACAGUGGUUCGAGUGUGCGACAUCACAUAUGACAAAACGCCACUGGAGAAAGACGGCAUCACCGUGGUGGACUGGCCCUUUGACGAUGGCGCGCCGCCCCCAAGUCUACUCGUUGAUGACUGGCUGAGUUUACUGAAGAAGAAGUUUCAGGAGGAACCGGGAUGCUGCGUGGCUGUUCACUGCGUGGCCGGCCUCGGAAGGGCACCUGUGCUGGUCGCGCUGGCUUUGAUUGAGAGUGGAAUGAAGUACGAAGACGCUAUUCAACUCAUCCGACAGAAGCGUCGGGGAGCCAUCAACAGUAAACAGCUGACCUACCUGGAGAAGUACCGACCCAAGCAGCGACUCCGCUUUAAAGACUCCCACACCCCCAAAAACAAGUGUUGCGCUAUGUGAACAAAUCACCCAUUCGGACAAAAGAAGAAGGCUUGCUAGAGUUGCCCCUGUCGAGCCCCCAAUUUCAUUUUUGCUUUUUGUUGCCCUCCUUCCAAUGCAAGUCACCGUUUUCCCGUUUGUCGUAAAAUUGGUAAAGAAGAGUUAUGAUAUUUUGGAUGUGAUUUUCAGUCAGAUAGACCAGUUAUGAGAGAGUGGAAAAAGUGAGCAAGUCCGAUUGUUGAGGUUUGGCUGACGUUGCCGGGUAACAGACAAGACGGAUCAUGGAAGAAGGGCGAGUUAAUCUUGCAGCGUGUGACCCUAAAUAUAUGCUAGGACACCUUAUUUGGGGGGUGGAGGGUUACAGAUGUUCUAUAUAAUUUAUUGACACCUACAUUUCUGAUUCGUCCCAAACUUGCUGACUUUAAACAAUUCACAGGGAAGGAAAAGAAGAAGAUGAUCUUCCCCCGGAUGUUUUUUUUUUUCUUUCUGUUUCUCGCAUGAAAACCUUCACGCCGAAAGCAUGUCGGUACCCAUAAAGCCUUCCCUUCUGGUUUUCACAACCAAUUAAUUGUGUGUUUACAUUUCAGAGUGUGCAUUUUGUUAUCCAUCUUUAACCGAUUGCUAAUGUAGAGGUUUUUUUGGAAUAAACGGUAUAUAACGAACGCAAUCGUACACGUCUAUGAUCAAAAAUGCCUGAAAGGUGUGGACUAAAUGUAAAUAUAA